AGCCGAAUGGUUCAGAGCCGGUUGUCGCGGGCUUGCCAGAUACGCGCUCGCUCAGUAUCGCGUCAGCUUCGAGUGGUAUUGGUCAGUGAUCUGAACGUCAGACCAGGGCCGGCGUCGUCGCGGCUAUUUUUUUUCCCCUUCGCUUCGUUCGACUUUUUUUUUUCUCUUUUUCUCUCUCUAUGUUCUUAUCAUUGUUUAUUCGUUUUUUCCUUAGCGAAAAAAUUGCAUCGCUUUGAUAAACCUCGUCGAGGAGUUCGCUUUUGUCAUCGUCAUUUUUUUUUUUUUUUUUACUUUUUUUUUGUAAUUUUCAAAAUAAAAGAAAGUAUAUAUAUUAACGUACUGUACGGUCGCUUCGGUCUCUCUCGUCAAAAUGCAAUAAUAUACGUAUACGUAUAUACGCGAAGGGACAAAAUAAAAACGGAUACAUAUUAGGUGCAUAUAUACAUAUAUAUAUAUACAAUAAUAUAAGUGUGCUACGAAGUGAAGUUAACAGUGAAGAUAGGAAACAAUCGCAUUUUCUUCUCGAGAUUUUUAGCAACGGAAAUCUAAGCGGUGCAACGGAAGGACCGGUGUUGAAGCGACAGGACGAGUAUAGAAAAGGAAAAGAAAAAAAUUUAUCGAAGGACCUUAUCGAUACGAACGAGAAAAAAAGAAGAAGAAAAAAACGAAAUAGAAAAACCGAAUAAUUUAACGAAAUAGAAAGAAAAUAAAUCGAUGAAAUGAAGUUUUCAGAUUAAACGCGAACAUGGCGCAUAAAGAAGUAAAGUUGGAUUCGCAGGAGCAGCAACAGAAGGAACAGUAGCUUUUGAGAAAGGGCCUGGAGGAGAUCCUGGAGGAAAAAACGGAGUUUACCCUCUCGAGGAGGACGAGAGGACGUCAUAGUCCGUCUCGGUCGGGCGGCUAAGACGAUGGCUGCAACUGACGGGCAAAUUGUCGUGGCGGCCGCACGUUGGGCCGAGGAAGCGACUUAUUUACGAGAAUUUGUCACUAAGUAUCGCCUGCCGGCUGUGAUCAAGAUAACUAAGGGUCAAUAUGGUGGCCUUGGUGUACCAACAUUGCCAGCGCCGAGUCUUCAAAGCACGGCAUUGCUUGUAUCGGCUGGUCGUCGACGCAAAAUUGUAGCACAGGCUGUUAAAAUCAAGGAAGGACGCAGAGUAGUUGGAGUUGGACCAAGAUUAGCUAUUCCGGACUCUUAUGCUGGAUAUUUUGAAAUUUUAAGCGAGGAAGGUCGAGCGGUUCGGGGAAUCGAGUCUGUAAACGAGCUAUCUCGAAGAUGCCCGGAGGAGGGAGCUUUGGUAAGAGAAACGGUACGUGGAAUAGCCUGCAGGGUAGAUGAUGAAUCUGGAAUCGUCGUGCCUGAAGGAACAAGAACUCUGGCCGCUGGUGAGACAAUCGUGACAGCUGGGGAGGUAGCAUUACCAGGUCGUGGACGAUUCUUAAGAUGCGUCGACUGUCGAGGUGAUAGCAUUCUUCUGGGUAUGGAUCAACGUGGACGCUUCAGUGCAUUAGCCAGAGAAGACAACAUCAGUGGGGUUCACACGGCGAAAGCUUUGCUGAGCAAACGUCUACCACUAACGGUCAGAUUGGUUCACGGGCAGCCACCGAGAGGCUUAAAAUCCUCAUCCCAGUUCGUGCCGGAGCUUAGGCUCCUUUCGACCUUCGAAGAGGAACACGUGUUCGCUUUGCCCUUACAGAGAGAGGGAGCUGCCGUGGCGUUACCAUUGGCGGCACCUUUGAAAUUAGUCAAGGCGAGAAAUGAGGAGGCCCUUAGACUGAUGCAAGAAUUCACGAGGUUGAUCGAACGAGCCUCACGGCUCGUAGCCGACGUAGCUGAUCGCGCUCAUGUUCUUGACGGUCGUUUAGGUGAAAGUAAACCCUCAAGACAGACAAGAAGUGCUUCGGGAUUUCUGAGGCGAUCAUCGGCUAACUCGGAAAAUGCUCCACUGAGUCAUCAUAGAAACAGCAACGGCAGUCAUCAUCAUCAUCAUCAUCAUUAUCACAGUAGCAGUCAUCAGACAUCCUCCGGACACGUCGGAUACCGGGACGAAAAUCGCGUGCCACCUUCUUCCUGCACCGAAGAUUACGACGAGAUAGAUCAAAUUUACGAUUACGUUCGUGGCUUUGCACCUUUGCCCAAAAGCGUCAGAUCUCCUUACGAGAGUCCACUGAAUCCCGGCCAAAGUUCCAGUCCACCAUUGACACCUGUCACCGUAACAAUUGCGCCAUUGCUAGAUGAUAGACCGGAACCACCACCGAUCGAGACCAUUCCUACGAAGAAAAUUCAAGCUGAAAAAAGAACGAGGCGAGCGGUAAAAGAAGCUCCUCAACCGAAACUUGAGAAGCCACCAUUGGCAAAGUUGUACGUUAAAAAUAGUGGCACUCAAAGAGGACGUCCUUUGAUGAGGCAAAAAAGCGCCUCACCUUUAAAGGAGACACCACCUGGUUAUAAAGGUGGCUCUCCUCUUUUCAAUAUACGCUAUAAGAGUCUGACAAAUUUGCAACAAGCUAUGGAACUUGAUGGGACUUUAGAUUCCAGUCAUUCAGGUGGUAGGACAUCCGGUGAUUCAGGUGCUGGUGCUAAACUACCAGAAAAGAGAUCGCGACGUUUGAGCAGACCACGAUCGUUGACAAACUUAGUCUGGGAACUUCGAGGUGGAAGCGGGCUUGGAUGUACGAGACCGGAAACACCACCACCCGCUACCACUGCACCAUUACCACCGACCAAAUGUGGACCCCGUUUAGCUGUCACGGUUGUAGCACCUCGACGCGUCGGCACGCUCUACCUCUAACUCAUCGACAGACGAAGGGCUAAAGAAGGCAAAAAAUGAGCGGACCAAGAAACAAAUCAAAAGGACACUCUUCUUUAGUUUUCGACUAAUCAACAUUUCUAAAAUCAGAGAGAGAGAGAGAGAGAGAGAAGGAGAGAAAAAUUGAGAAAAUAAUUGUACAAAAAAAAUCAAUUUUUGUACUAUUUUUUAACUAAUGCCCGUGAAAGUCGGCCAUAUCGUUUCUAUUCGAUCAUUGAAUUUCAACAUAAUGAAURCAAUCCUUAAAUAGAAA